AUGGUUCCCGCAUUGCGAAGAGAAGUUGAGGCAAGAAAAGAAGCGAUGGCGCAGAUGGAGCAAGAGAUACAAAAAUUACAGGCUCGUGAUAAGUCUGCUGCAGUAAACGAAAAAGACCGUAACCGUCUCAUCAGUCAACUGGAUGCGUCGAAGAGAGAAACUGCUGAAUUCAGGGCCAUGAUCAGAAAGAAAGACAGUGAAAUCUCUCUGCUCCAGGGUACUAGAGAGAUCCUGCAGAAGAAACAAACAUCAAUUGGCAGAUAUUACGUUGCCAAAAUAAAUGCCAAGGAUAACAAAAUCCACCUCGCCAGAAAAGCGAAUGAUAUGUAUUCGGCGCUCAUCAACCAGACAAAACAAGACCAGACCAACUUCUUCAAGAAAUUGAAAGACUUCCUCGAAGUUGGACUACUUGCUGUUGUAAACUCGAGAGUGAACGAGUUACAUCUAAAGACCGCCCAGCUUCUUGAUACCGAAGAAAGAAUCAAGAAAAUAAACAGAGCUGUUGUUGCACUUCGAAACCAUAUGCAAACAAAAAAGGCGUUAACGGCUGUCACAACCCCAGUUACAGCGAACAUCAAUGCAAACGACGAAGCUAUGGAUUUCGAAAGCGGAACGGCUUGA